GUGACCGAGUGAGAACUAUUGACUACGGACCAUCAUUGCAGUUUUGACGAGAUCAUGCAUGUGCACAAAAACAGGAUAAAAUAUAAGAAACAGAUGGGAUUUGUCCGAAACAAGAAAUUAUUACUCCAUAAAAAGUGCCAACGCGGCAUCGCCAGUUUCCCUUUCUUUGCACCUGACAGUGCAAAAUUAAGUUUGCACUUCAAUGGUGGCUACACUACAGGAUAAAUAAAUCAUUCCAAAAGCACGCAUGCAAGCAGAUCGAUGAGUAUAAUUUUGAAAUUAUUAGUGGUCAAACCUUGCAAUUGGUCGUUAAGCUUCGAGCUGUCGGCGUGCAUUGUUUUCACUUGCUCUUCACGUGAUUAGUGCAGAUGCAUGAGGUCAGUCGACAAAAUUAAACCGCGUGACGAAAUGUAACCCGCACAUGUGAAGUAUGAGACGGGUUACUUACUUACUAGGUGCUCAAUUGCGAAUGGAGUACCUACACAUGAAUCAUGAGAUUAAAUUGCCAUGGUACUGGUAGUAUCACAUUGUACUAGUACUCAUCUUUUACCAACUUAAUUGUCCAUGCCGAAGUAGCGCUUACGAGUAGUGGUACUCAACGAUGCACUAACCCACUAAUUGGUACUCAUGAGCCACCCACUGCAUUGUUCUUUUAGCGCAUGCAUAAAGCAAGGAGAGCAAGAUAAGAUGGAGAUGUGGACAUAUAGACUAACAAAUUGUUUAAACAUGUUAAAAAUAUUCUCCACGCCGAUCGAUCCAGCUCUACAGUAUCCUCAUCUAUUGUACAUAUAUACGCCUCACAAUGUGUGGAGGCUGCCGCUGAAACCGACGGUCAUUUUUGUAUAAUUCGAGCUCUCGGAUGCUAGCUCUACAAUCAUGUUGUACUAUAUACACAUGAUGGCGUGUAGUUAGUUGUGCUGUAACGUCCUAAGACUGUAUUGUAUCGACCUGUCAUCUGAUACAAAAUAACAAAUACAAGAACGUGCGGUCAUCUCUAGAAAGUAGAGAUCGGCCAGACAUGAGUUGACAAGAUCUCGACGGAAGAUACUGUAAGCAUAACAUGCUAAUUAACUAACUAAUUAAAGUGAUCGAGGGGUAGUCUCGUUCUGAUGGAUCGAUCGAGCAUGCACUACUUUUCCGAGGGAGGCAUCCAUCACAUUCACAUGUGUGUAUAUUUUAUUAGCAUGUAUACUCCGAUCAUGGCACUUUCGUUGACUAGCUAGCUAGUAGCUAGUUGAUCUGAUCAUAUCGAUCGAUCAAACCGUACUAAUUGGGGUUAUAAGUACCUGCCCCUUGCCAUCACCAUAAUCACCAUUAGACGGCCAAUUACCACGCACACACCUGUACUCUACUGUACUAUACACAAGGUUAGCUUCUGGCUAGCUCGAUUCCUAGACAGGCAGCGAUGAAGGAUCUCGUCCUCGUGCUUCUGGGCCUUGUGUUCGUCGGUGCCGUUGGUGCUAGCGCGGUGGGGCGGCCGGUGGUGCCGGCGAUGUUCGUGCUGGGGGACUCGACGCUGGACGUGGGCAACAACAACCAUCUGCCAGGGAAGGACGUGCCCAGGGCCAAUGAACCCUUCUACGGCAUUGACUUCCCCGGCGGUGCGAAGGCCACCGGGCGGUUCAGCAACGGCUACAACAUCGCCGACUUCAUCGCGAGGCACCUCGGGUUCGAGAGGAGCCCCCUGGCUUACCUGGUGCUGAAAUCACGCAACUAUCUCAUCCCCAGCGCUCUGACCAGAGGCGUGAGCUACGCCUCGGCGGGAUCCGGGAUCCUCGACUCCACUAAUGCCGGAAAGAACAUACCAUUAUCGAAGCAGGUGCAAUACUUCGCGUCCACCAAGGCCGAGAUGGAGGUCGCGUGGGGCAGCCGUAAAGUCUCCAAGCUCAUUGCCAGCUCCUUCUUCCUCUUGGGCACCGGCAGCAACGAUCUCUUCCAGACCAGACCAAAGUCCCAAGCUGAUGUUGCUGCACUAUAUGCCACCCUCGUCUCAAACUACUCUGCUGCCAUCAUUGACCUGUAUGGGAUGGGAGCAAGGAAGUUUGGGAUCAUUAACACUGGUCCAGUAGGGUGUGUGCCGCGGGUGCGUUUGUUGAACGCAACGGGGGCCUGCAAUGAUGGCAUGAACCGCCUCGCUGCCGGGCUUGCCACGGCGUUCAAGUCUGGCCUUGCCACCGCCCUCGCCCCGACGAGGCUCCCAGGCCUCAAGUACUCCCUUGUCGACUCUUUCGCCGGCUCACAGGCCAAUUUCGACAACCCCCAAGCGGCCGGGUUCCUGAACGCCGAUAGAGCGUGCUGCGGGAGCGGUAGGCUGGGCGCGGAGGGUAAGUGCACGAGGAAUGCGACACUGUGCAGUCAUCGUGAUGCGUAUGCUUUCUUUGACAACGUGCACCCCAGCCAGCGGGCUGCUGAGCUGAGUGCACAGGCGCUCUUCGUGGACGGCCCGACACAGAUCACCACACCCAUCAGCUUCAAGGAGCUAGCCCACCAGAGAUGA